AGAAGAUAGAAAAAAAAAAAGAAAAGAAAUAUUUGUUUUAUUUGCUAUUGGUCGUAUGAGGUUGAGAUGGUGAUGGGUGAUGGUGUUCUUUCUUUCUUUCUUUCUUCAGUGCUUCAGUAUUGGACGCACUGGCAGCAGCAGACGCAGCAGACAUACACGGGGUCAAGUUUGGUGUCAGAUAAUCAGUGGUGGCGCCCUCCAAGUUGUGACGGACCAAAGGGAACGAAAUGGUGUGUGAGCUCAGGCUUUUGUUUUGAGACAACGUAGAUGACAUUUGUCAGUUUUUCUGAUUCUGGUUGCAAUACAUCACGUAUAUGUAUAUAAAAAAGAAGCGAAAGAGAAAAACUGAGAUUUUCCAUCUUCGAACUUGCGGAGAAAACAAAGCGUACGUGUGUGGUUCAGUCCUUGUCGGUGGUUCUCGUGCAAAAAGUAGAAACGGAUAUCAUCUGUUAGUUGUUAGAACUCAUCCAAGGUCUGCUCCAAUAGCCCAGUAAAUUAUUCGUUUGGAUGUAUUUUUUGUUCGCGUUGUUGUGUCGCAAUUAUCACCGUUUCUUCACCGUUCCAUUAUGACAUAGUUUAAAUAAUGAACUCGAUGUUUAGCGAAUUAGUCAUUUAAUGAUAGCGGAAUCUAAGUGUUGGACAUCAGAGAAGCCUGUGGGUAUGGAUCACCCUAUCUAUAUGCCUUACUCUGUAUCAAACGGAGUGCCUCAGGAAUCCAAACUCAAUACGUAUAUGAGUUUGUAUUUUUCUAGAGCCGCCAAAGCACAAGCACGCCACUAGGCACAAACAAUCUGUCUCAAACGUUUGCAAAAAUUAAUUUAGAUUCACCACUAUCUUCCAAAAAGGUUAUGCCCCAAUCACCCGAGUUCAUCCCUGGCUCUCGAGUGAUCAAUUCAAGUAAUUCUGCGUCGCCGAAUCUGUUCAGCUCGUUUCCAGUCAUCGGGCAGCAAACUUCGUACCCCCGUAUAGUGGAUUCCCCUCACAGCGGCACGAUGUCUCCACACAUAACGCCGCAGCCAUCUCCGCCUCCAAAUAUUAACAAUUGCUCCCCAAUACCAGGCCUGGAGAAACCCACAGUAGCUACAUAUCAGGAAAACGUUGGCGGCACAACAUACUUCUAUCCGACAUCAGCAGACAACUCGCACAAUACUAGCGAAACGAUGAAUUCGCUAAACAGCAGCAUUGCCUCGAGCUAUCAGGUCUAUCCAGGCACUCCGAGUCACGUCAACACUCUGAAAUCGAAAGGUGGCUCAUCCGCUUUCUUCAUAUCGGACGAUACUCGCGUGGAGAUACUCAACCGGAACGCUCUAACUCUGCUUCAAGCUGACCCCGAUCAAUUUUCAGAACUGCCACAUGAAGUAGAUAACUAUCACGAUCUAUAUCCUUUGGAACCGAUACUGAUACAUAAAGCUCACAUCGGUUAUCAGGCCUCGAUGUACAAGGCCACCCACAUCAAGACGGGCAUGCGGUAUUGCCUGAGAAGAAUACACGGAUUUCGUUUGCAAAACACGAAGUUCAUGACCUACGUCGAGAUGUGGAAGAAACUCGUCCAUUCCAAUAUUGUCCAAUUAAAAGAGGUAUUCACGACGAAAACGUUUGGUGAUAAUUCUAUGGUUUUCGUGUACGAUUACCAUCCGGGUUCGGAGACGUUACUGAACAAGCACUUCUCGCCGGAUCAGCUCAACGGAUACUCGGAUCCAUUCGCAUCGGACCCGACGACACCGCGUCCCUACUCCCAUCAAAAGAACAACAUCCUGCGACACGCUCAAAGCAAUAAACUCCCGGAGCCGCUCAUCUGGAACUACAUCAUCCAGCUGACUUCGGCGCUCCGCAUCAUCCACGCAGCUAAUCUGGCAUGCCGUAGUCUGGAUCCGACGAAAAUCAUAAUCACCUCCGGCCACAGACUGAGGUUGAGUUGUUUGGGAGUGAUGGAUGUGAUCAUGACCGACAAUGCUACCGUCACCGAGCACUACCAGCAGGAAGAUCUCACCGCCCUCGGCAAACUCGUACUGGCCAUCGCCUGCAAAUCCACAAUGGCUGUGCAGCACACAAAUAUCGCGACUGCCAUCGAAAUCGUAACACGUACUUACACGCAGGACCUCCGAAAUCUGAUCAUGUAUCUACUGUCGAAUCGGAGACGAACACUCGCUGAUCUGAUGCCGAUGAUCGGCGCCAGAUUCUACACUCAGUUGGACAACAUACAAUCGCGUACGGACGUCAUGGAGAACGAAGUCUCCAAGGAGAUGGAAAACGGCCGUCUGUUCAGGCUUAUGGUCAAGCUGGGAACGAUCAACGAGAGACCAGAAUUCAACCUGGACGGGACGUGGUCGGAGACCGGCGAUCGUUACAUGUUGAAAUUAUUCCGAGAUUACGUUUUCCAUCAGGUGAUGGACGACGGUCGUCCUUGGCUCGAUAUGGCCCAUGUGAUACAGUGCCUCAACAAAUUGGAUACCGGAGUGCCAGAAAAAGUUUGCUUAAUGUCGCGAGACGAACAGAGUAUAUUGGUUGUGAGUUAUGCGGAAUUGAAACAUUGCUUGGAACAGUCCUACGAUGAAAUACUUAGUGCAUCGAUGUCCCCCGAUAACGUCACGUAAGACACCGUACACAAAUAAAUUUCAAAGAAAACAGAACAGAAACAGCUUAAAAUAUUUCUAAACUCUUUCAAAACUACACAUAUACACACACACAUACACAUACACACACAUACACAUGAACACAAAACAUAGAAAGAAAUUGUUACUUGGACGGGAAAUCGUUGGGAUAAUUUAAGUUUUGUUCUUAUAAGUAAUUUUUA